UAUAAGGCUGUUAUACAUGUAAGUUACAUGCGAAACCAUCAAAACUACGUAGUUUUGAUUAUACCCUCAUUUAAUUUUUAUAUUUUUAUAAAAGAUAUUAACUACUCUCCACAAAAAAAUACGUACUGUUUCAUUCCAAGAUCCUCAAUAUCUCACCCUUAUUCCUGCGAUUCCAAGUUCCAAACGAAGAUCUGCAACAAAGGUCGUUAAUCGAAUCAAUUUUGCAAUCCCAGUUCAUCAGACACAAUACGAUGGAUUUGGAAGUUCAGUUACAAGAGGAUGCUCAAGGGGAUGCUUCUGAAACAAAUCUAAUUAAUGAUAUAGAUGCAUCUGGGCGUGUGGUCAUUAAUAGCGGCUCAGAUGUUGAAACAGAGAAAAAAGACGAUGAUGAAAUAGAGAAAAGAAAUUACGUUGAAAUAAAGAAAAGUAACGAUAUUGACAUGGAUUUUGGAUUUGAGAAAGAGGAAAACAAUGAUGUCAUGGGAAAGGUUUUCGAUACUCCUAAUGAUGCAUACAAUUUCUACAAUCGCUAUGCUUUUUUACAUGGAUUUGGGAUACGGAUUCAUACAGCUUUUAAAAACAAGACAACAAAUGAGCCUUAUAGAAGACUAUAUGUAUGCAACAAACAAGGUUUUAAAGAUUUAAAGUCUAAGGGUUCUAUAGGAGAUGUGAAGAAACGUCGUAGGAAUUUAAUGUUGGAAAUUUUAUAA